UCUCAAACAUAUUUCAGGCGUGUCGGCUGAGACCCCCUUGGCUCCGCCCGUGUCUGUGACUGAUGCUUGAAAUUUGUAGCUAGACUGGGGAUCUUUCGUCUUGCAGUGCAUGUUAGGGAAGUAAGGGCUCCAACAGUCAAACGGACCUUCUCCCCUUGUGUUUUCCCACCAACUUUAAAUUCUCAUUUCCUCUUCGUCUCCCACUCAAUUCUACUUUUUUCAUGUUCAACUAAGCUGCACAUAUUACUUUUAGAUACUCACAGAGAUAGCAUUUCAAUUCUCAGCUAUGGAUCUUCUAGCUCCUCCACCUCUCUUUCCAUCUCAAACGGUAACUCCAGAUUUUCUCUAUUCGAUUACCUACUGUUAUUAUAUUAUAAAUCAAUGCUCACCCAAUUUCUCUCUAUUAUUGUUGGUGGUGGUGGUGUUGUUAUUCCAGUUUUAUUUGCUUUGAGUAUUGUGCUACAGGAAUUUGAUGGGAACCCAUUUUUGGAUUCAUACCCUAACCCUCCCUGCAAGCUUAAUAUCAAGGAAACUUCUGAUUUAGUGACUUCAUUUCCAACGGCAAAUGUUAAUAAUGGUCCAGAGAACAGAAGGCUUCUCCAGAUUUCGGCCGGAAGAACGAAGAGGAAUGUGGCGGAUGGCCCUUCAACCCCGGGAAGGCCCAUUUUCAGCUUCAGUGUUGGGAAUUUUUCCAGAAAAUCUGUCCCUUCAAAGUGGGAUGAUGCGGAGAAAUGGGUUGUCAAUGGCGGCAAUCAUGAAUCCCCUGUUGCUCAACAUAAUUCGUUUUUGAAAUUCUCAACACAACACAAGUGUAGUAGUAGUAGUGGGUUCUGCCCCAAACAAGCCUUUCCUGAAAUUUGUAGGGUAAGUGAUGAAAAGGUUGCAGGACCUUCUAGUGGGGUCUCUUCUGCCACACCAGAUGUACUUCUUAAAGAUAAAUGCACAAGUGAGGUUGAAACUAUAAGAACUCCAGAUUUUAGGUCCAUGAAAGAAGGGUUCCUAUUUGGAAACAUGAGUGAACAAUGCACAAAAGGAUUAUUUCCAUUUGGGGAUAGUAAUUAUGUGAGUGGGAUCAAAUGCAUGAAGAACAACACAACACAACCAGAUAUGUUUCUUGAGGCUAUUAACCACAGAGACAUUGGGACAGAAAUGACACCUAUGGGAAGCUCCACCACCUCAAGAUGCCCCACGCCGUUCAAGAGCUCAUCACCUGUUCGGUACAACACUCCUGCCAGUAGAUCUGGACCGUUGGCUCUACCCAACGACUCCAGUUCCUCCAGCACAACACUAGAUAUCGCACAACUCCAAGAGUACCAUUUAGCAAAGCUACAUGUUGGGAACGGCCAGCAUGCUUCUGUUACAUCAAAUUAUUGGAGCUCAAGAGAAGAGGAAGAAGAUGAUGUAUCUAAGAGUUUGAGACACUUCGAAAUGAAUACUAAUAACGAGUGUGGCAUCGGGUCAAAAGUAGACCCGUGGGAGGAGGAGAUGAAGACCAAGAACUGCCUAAGCAGGUACAAGAGAGAACUAGCCAAAAUUCAAGCUUGGGUGAACCUCCAAAGUGCUAGAAGUGAAGCUCAAUCUAAAAAACUUGAGGUGAAAAUUCAAAAGAUGAGAUCAA